UACUUUCGCUGGUGUCUUCAGUAAAGCUAAAACAAGAAUACAUUUACGUCCUUAGUUCUUUUAUUAUUAAUUGGAAAACUUUGUGUUGAGAUUUGCUGUUAAACUAAAAAAAAAAAAAUUAUGUGCAGAAAGUCUGAUAGGUACUCUUCUAUUGGAGAUGAAGACUUGGAUGCAAAAGUGCUGGACAUUCAGCGUCAUCACCCAAAUGCCGGCUGCAGAAUGAUGAUGGGACAUCUACGAUCCAGAGGCAUAUACAUUCAAAGAUUUCGACUGAUGGAUUCAAUGAGACGAGUCAAUCCAGAAGGGGUCGUGAUGCGACGGUUAUCUAUUCAGACUGCAAGGCGUCGUCAGUACAGUGUACCAGCACCAAGUCACCUUUGGCAUAUCGAUGGAAAUCAUAAACUAAUUCGAUGGACAUUUGUUGUCCAUGGUGGGAUAGAUGGUUUUUCUAGGUUAAUUGUCUACCUUAAAGCUGCCACCAACAACAAAGCUACAACAGUUUUUGAUGGUUUCUUGUCAGCAAUCAGACAAUAUGGCAUACCGUCCGGUCAGACAAAGGGGGGGAAAUGUGAAGGUUGCACAUUUCAUGGUGCGGACAAUGGGGGAGAACAGAAACUCUCACAUUACAGGCAGAAGUGUUCACAACCAGCGCAUUGAGCGCCUGUUGAGGGAUGUAUAUGAAAACGUCCUUGACCUUUUCUACACAAUCUUCACCCAGCUGGAGAUUCAAGGACUGCUCAACCCUGGUGAAGAAAUGGACUUGUUUGCACUGCACAGAUGCUUUUUGCAUCACAUUCAACAUCAUCUUCAGUCAUUCCAGGAAGCAUGGAAUCAGCACGGACUCAGAACAGCAAACAACCAUUCACCCCUGCAACUCUGGUUGCUGCACAGAAAGGAGGGACAAGAUUUGUCACAGGUUGAUGAGGAUUAUGGUGUGGACUGGACAGGACCACAUAAUCACCGCCCAUCAAAUGAGAUCACCAUUCCUGAGAUUCAGCUCCCACGUGCACUGAAUGAACGAGACCCUGCUGAGCUACCAAACAACAACGUUUCACUCAGUCAAGCUUUGGAUGCCUACUGUGAAACUGUUCAGUCACUCAAACUUAUGUUUGAUAACACACCUUAACUCUUCAAAGUAAGCAGGUGCAAUAUGUUCACAUCCUAUUUCUUGCAUAACCAUACUUCAAAAUCACUUGUAGAAAGACGCUAUCACAUUUAAUCAGUUUCUAUGUCAGGAGGAUUUUUUUUAUGUUUCUACAUCUAUGGCUUUGUAGCUAAUACUGACUCAAAACAGCAUAACCAAUUUCAUUUUCAACAAAACAAAACAGUGAGUGGCUAUAAAACAGUUUUUGGGGUUUUUUUUACACAGCUGUCACUUUAAUGAUGUUCAUUUCUUGGAUGUACAGUACAUAUCAACUCUGAGCAGAUUUAAUAAAAUGCACACAGAACAGUAGUGUAACAUCUUAAUGCAAAUAAUUUUUCCUACAAAAUUUUUUUUGUACCAGUAGCGAGUAUAAACAAAACAUACUGUGUAAUUUAUAAUGUACAGUGAACGACUGAUUUUGUUUUCUGAACUUUUUGUCAGUUUAUAUUAAAAAAAAAAAAAAAAAAAGCCAGAAAUGCUCACCUGUACUGUGCAUUUUUCACUUUAAAGUGUAUUAAAGGAACUAGAACUCA